CACAUGAUACAGCUUGGCGAUAAAAGACACUUUGGAAUGUUUUUCACCUUCACAGACAAUGAAGGCAGACAUGGAGCUAGGAUCUACUGUGGCGGCGGUGAAGAGCACCAGGGUGUUUCUGGGUAACCAACAAGUCGGCCCUGCCGUCAUCCUAAUACGAGAUGGUAAAAUCCACCAGGUGCUUUCUGGUGGAGAAGUUACUGAGGGUGUGGAGGUGUUGGAUGCAGGAGAUAGUGUAGUGAUGCCAGGAAUCGUGGACUGUCACGUCCACGUCAAUGAACCGGGACGCACCUCCUGGGAAGGGUUCUGGACAGCCACCAAGGCGGCGGCAGCGGGAGGCAUCACUACGAUUGUGGACAUGCCGUUAAACAGCAUCCCUCCCACCACCACGCUGGCUAAUUUACAGGAGAAGUUGCGCGAGACCUCGGGUAAAUGCUUCGUGGACACAGCCUUUUGGGGUGGCGUGAUUCCCGGCAAUCAGCUAGAACUUCAGCCCAUGAUCCAGGCCGGAGUAGCUGGCUUCAAAUGCUUCCUGGUCCACAGUGGCGUGGAUGAGUUCCCUCACGUGAGCCACGGAGACCUGCAUUCCGCCUUGGAGCAGCUGAGAGGAACAGGAACUGUCCUACUGUUUCAUGCUGAGAAGGAAGUCCAACUGACCAAUGACAGCAAUGGCGACCCUCAGCAAUAUGACACCUUCCUGCAGUCCAGACCUGACAUUAUGGAGGUGGAAGCCAUCCGCAGUGUGGUACAACUCUGCACCGAGUACCAGGUGCGCUGCCAUGUGGUCCACUUGUCUUCAUCCCAGGCACUGCCCGUCAUCCAAGAAGCCAAGAAGGGUGGGGCCCCCCUAACGGUGGAGACCACCCACCACUACCUGAGCUUGAGUGCAGAAAACGUACCAGCGGGGGCCACGCAGUUCAAGUGUUGCCCACCAAUCAGAUCGGCUCACAACCAGGAUCAGUUGUGGGAAGCGCUAAAGGCGGGCCAUAUUGACAUGGUGGUGUCGGACCACUCCCCUUGCACGGCUGACCUUAAGAAAUUGGACUCUGGAGACUUCACUCAGGCCUGGGGGGGAAUUUCGUCUCUCCAGUUUGGCUUGCCUCUGUUCUGGAGCUCAGCCAGUCAGAAGGGCUUUCAGUUUGGGGACGCGGUGCGCCUCCUGUGCCAGAACACGGCUCGGCUGUGCGGCCUUGGCCAGCAGAAGGGCAGCCUGGCACCGGGCUACGACGCUGACCUGGUCAUCUGGGACCCUGAGAGAGAAUUUGAGAUUAAAGAAGAAGGCAUACAUCAUAAGAAUAAGAUAACGCCGUAUCUUGGGAUGUCGCUCCGAGGUGUGGUGAGGUCAACCAUCGUGAGGGGACAUCUGGUGUACCGUGACGGCUCCUUCAGUGCAGAGCCCUUGGGGAAGACCGUCCUCAUACCCUCGAGGACCACCCCUCAUGAUGACGCAUGAAGAGCGACGAUGAGGGAAUGAAAUCAAGUAUUUUUAAAAUAGAAUGAUACAAAAAAAAAGCAUAACCAGACACUAUAAAUAUACAAGCUUUAUAUUAGAUGUAGUUUCAAAAAUCUGAACCUGCAUUCUCAUUCAAUGCGGUUUCUAAUCUCAUCUCAUUUAUAAAAAGG